AUGGCUAGUCUUUCAUCGUCUGCGAUGCGCUCAGCAGCCCGCCUCAGCCGCAACUCAGCAGUUGGCGUGCCUCUCAAAGGCAUCGCUCGGGCGGCUACAGUUAUCGGUGGCGCUAGGAGGCGAACAUAUGUUACCGGCUCGAAGCCCAACAACGCUCAAGUUGAGACAGCCAUCAAGCUCGACAAGAAGGAUUUCGCUGGCAUUACUCCCUCAAUGAUGCAGAAUGGCAGCGAGAUGAAAAUUAGCCCAAUGGCAGAGGUCCUCAAGGACGCUGCCAUCAUGGAGGAGGGCCAAAGGCCCAUCUAUCUCGAUAUGCAAGCGACAACACCCGUUGAUCCCAGAGUUCUCGAUGCCAUGAUUCCGUAUUAUGUCGGCGUCUACGGCAACCCGCACUCUCGGACACAUGCCUACGGCUGGGAGAGUGAGAAGGCCGUUGAGGAGGCUCGUGAACAUAUCGCCAACCUCAUCGGCGCCGACCCCAAGGAGAUCAUCUUCACCAGCGGUGCGACGGAGAGUAACAAUAUGAGCAUUAAAGGCGUCGCCCGCUUCUUCGGGCGCUCGGGCAAGAAGAAACAUAUCAUCACUACACAGACUGAGCACAAGUGUGUACUCGACAGCUGCAGGCAUCUUCAGGAUGAGGGCUUCGAAAUUACAUAUCUGCCAGUCCAAAAUAACGGGUUGGUCAACAUGGAUGAGCUCAAGGCGGCCAUCCGUCCCGAGACGGCCCUUGUCAGCAUCAUGGCUGUCAACAACGAGAUUGGCGUCAUUCAGCCCAUCGAACAGAUUGGCAAGCUGUGCCGCGCAAACAAAAUAUUUUUCCACACCGAUGCCGCGCAGGCUGUCGGCAAGAUUCCCCUUGAUGUUAACGCCAUGAACAUUGACUUGAUGUCAAUCUCCUCACAUAAGAUUUACGGCCCCAAGGGUAUUGGCGCCUGCUACGUCCGUCGCCGUCCGCGUGUCCGUUUGGACCCUCUCAUCACCGGUGGUGGGCAGGAGCGAGGUCUCCGCAGCGGUACUUUGGCACCUCCGCUGGUUGCUGGCUUCGGCGAGGCUUGCCGCAUCGCCAAAGAAGAGAUGCCGUACGACUCUAGGCGCAUCAAGGCCAUGUCUGAUCGCUUACUCAAGGGACUCCUGGCUAUGGAGCAUACCACGCAAAAUGGCGACCCCAACGCCUUCUACCCUGGCUGCGUCAACGUGUCCUUUGCCUACGUCGAAGGUGAAUCACUUUUGAUGGCGCUUAAGGAUAUCGCUCUGUCAUCGGGUAGCGCAUGCACUUCGGCUUCUCUGGAGCCCAGCUAUGUUCUCCGUGCUCUCGGAAACAGCGACGAGAGCGCCCACAGCAGUAUUCGCUUCGGUAUUGGCCGUUUCACUACCGAGGCUGAGAUUGAUUAUGUGCUCAAGGCGGUUGAGGAGCGUGUCACAUUCCUACGCGAGCUAAGCCCGCUGUGGGAGCUGGUGCAAGAGGGCAUCGAUCUCGACACGAUUCAAUGGAGCCAACAUUAA